AGAUCUAGUCUGAAUGGAGCGUGCCUUCGCGUGACUGAAAUCCGAUUGGCCACGCCUACUGCCACGGGAAAAUAUGAAAAGCGAGUGAAAAUCACAACAAACGACAGCAUCCGUUGGGGGAUACGAGCCUGGAAGUCUGAAACUGCCACCGAUCGCUGGAUCCUACGGCUAAUUGGAUUUGGACGCCCCGUCGCAUCAUCAUCAUCUUUCACGAGCCCGAGUCCAACAGCCAGCUUAAUUGGCUUAGGCGGCGGUUGUCGAUGUUGGCCACUGACGUGUGAAAUGGGUGUGGGCUACUACACCGAAGGGAACACGAUUAAGAGCAGCAGCUCAUCACGUUAGUCAGUUUGAGGAAGCUUCUCCGAGACAGGAAGUCUUUUGAAAAGCAGUCGACCAUGGGCGAAGUAGCUGCCACAGUCGAGCCUCUGGCCGCGGUCAAGUCGAAGUCCAUGCGAUCCCGGAAAAGACGGCAGCGUCGUAGGCGACAGAUAGCCUAUUUGGCCAUAUGUGGAUUAAGUGUAGCCAUAUUCGGCUUCGCAUUGGCCACGCUGAUCAGGCCCACAACCGCCCAGGCUGAUGCAGAGCCCGGGAGCUGGCGCAAGGGAUAUGUGGGCCAUGGCACCACGCACGAACAGCUUGGCCAGCCCCAUUGGCCACCAGUCGAGUACACCGUAUACCGGCCGACGACCAACUACACAAAGGCACCACCACCUCCCACGUCGGCUAUGAACCCCAUUUUCAAUUUUACACACUUUCUAUAUGACAAGGUUCUUUAUAGGGAUGAACCCAUUCCGGAGGGUUACAUUGUGGUAAAGAAUUCGGACACUUUGAGCUUGGGUCCCAAGGUGGAGGAGAACGACUGGCGGGAUCUAUUGGCCCAUUAUUGGAUGGUUCUCAUCUGGGUUUUUAUUCUCGUGGUGCUCAUUAUAGUCAUACCGUUCAUUGCCGUUUGCUAUUGCUGUUUCUGUUGCUGCCGACGAUGUCGUCAGGGAUGUCCUCCGUGUACCAGCAAACAGGAUGCUCAGCGGCGCUUCUGUUGUGGCAUCUGUCUGUUGAUCCUCAUCAUCGGACUGAUCUUUGGCAUCAUUAUCGCCUUUGUGACCAACAAAAUGAUUGACAGCGGCUUUGCCGAGACUUCCGAGACAAUGAAGCGCGGCAGCGAGGACACUUGCACUUAUUUGAAGGAUGUAGCCGAUCACGUUUACCAUCUGAUGAUGUACAACUACGAAGAGAUGGAGACUCAUGUGCUCGAUCAAUUAACCCACGCUCACCGGCACAUAUUUUUGGAUCUCUCCGACACAUCGGAGAGUAAUUCCUUGGCAGAAAUGGAGCGGGUUUUGGAGAACAUGCCCGAGGCUCUGGAGCUGAUGAGGCAAGUGGAAAAGAUGGAGAAGGAUCUGCGCUUCUAUGGCUCCCAAUUAAGAGAUGGCGUCCGUGGCAUUAAACGAGAUGUCAACUUCGCAGUAGCCAAUCUCUGUCAACUGCAGAUGUGCCAGAAGUUCCUGAUUAGCAGCAAUAUCGAACAUAUUGAUUCCUCGCAGUGCCUGCACUUCGACAACCUCCCGAACACCAAAGAAUUUGUAGAGGGAAUGGAGAAUAUAGUUGCAAAUGAGUAUUACGCUAUACCUCAACGGGGACUCUCGCGUCUGAAAAAGGUUAGCGACAAGGUGAAGACGCAACUGUCUUUCGUGGUACCUCCCAUGAUGCGGGACUUAACAAAGGGCAGGACGAUCUUCCGAGAACAGGCGACUAGUGUGCGCAACAUUGUGGAGGGAGUACUAAGUGAUAUCCAUUUAAAAACUCUGCACUCGACCAAGUCAUUUGAGGACGUCUACGAGCGGUUUGGCCAUGAUAGAAACGUUGUCAGCCUGAUUGUGUGCUUGCUUAUCCUUCUGGUACUUUUUAUUUUGAUCUUUGCUCUACUGUGCGGUUGCUUUGGGCGCCGACGAACUGGAUAUGGUGAUGAAUGCUGCAGCAAGUCCACCGGAGCCACCUGCCUGCUUCUAGCCAUACUGCUGAUAUUCUGCGUUUUCUCCUUCAUCGCACUGGUUGGACUUUUCUACUUUAUGCUGGGCAUGGUAACCUACCAGGGUGCCUGUGCACCACUGAGAGAUCAGGAGAACAACACAUUGUUCCGGCAACUGGACGCGUCUAUAGAUCUGAAUCACUAUUUGCCACCAUCUGAAACUAACAAGGAAGCGGUGCAACCACUAAAAAUGUCGAGUGCAAUCAGGGCUUGCCACGCCAAUCAGACCAUUUUCGAGAUGAUGCGUCAGCAUAACAUAUAUGACAUUAACGAUCUGUCUCGCAUAAAGGUUAUGUCACACUCACAGGACAAUACAGAUUCGAUCAAGGUCUUCGACGAGGAUCUGUCCACCGUGGUACUCCUGACGAAGGAAGAACGUGACGAGUUAAACACAGCGGGCGAGAGCAAGCUUGCGAAGUACCAUAGCUCCCUGUACAUGCCAAGCCUGUGCACCCAGUUCACGCCCAUGAACCUGAACGCCCUGUCCGAGCAGCUGUACAAGCUAUCCAACGAUCUGGAGUACCCGGCAUACGGCUGGGCCAAGGUGUCAUUUUGGAAUGAGGGCCUCAAUACCAAGGCCUUCUAUCGCAAUUUCGUACCGAAGCUUACGAGCAUCGUAGAGAAGAUGAAGGCCAAUCUAAAGAAGAUCGACGAGUUAAUUUCGUACGAGAACCACGACUUUACCAAUACAAUCAAAAUUCUCACUGCCACGGCCGUCAACUCUGAACAGUUCAUCCAAACGCGCGGCAAGGACUACAUCAACGCCCUAGGAGGCAAUCUAACAAAGUCCAUUGACCAGAUGAUAGACGACUACAUAGAUAUGAUUAUAAAGGAGGCCAACGAAAGUGUGGGUCAUUGUGCACCCCUGUCGUAUAUAUAUUAUCGUGGAGUCGAUUUGAUUUGCCACCGUAUCGUGGAUCCCAUUAAUGGAUUCUGGGUAGGCAUACUGCUGUGCGCCCUGCUCUUCCUGCCCAUCCUGUUCGUGGCCCACCGCCUGAUGUGCCUCUACAAGAAAAUCUAUCCUUACCUGGCUACCGUAGGAGCCGCUGGAGUGGUCGAGGGGGGAAGCGACUAUCUGUACGAUGCUUAUAGUGAACGUGAUCGUGAACAUGUACCAUUGGCUAACGUUCCCAAGAAGCGUCGCAAGGCCUACGAGCGGCGACGUGAGCAGCAGGAUUACUUCGAGGACGCCUCGCCCAGCGUUUCGCGGGGCAACCGCUCUGGCGGAGACCGUGGUGGCGGCGGAGGCGAUGGAGCUCCUGGCAGCAGCAGCAUGCGUUACAACGACAUGGCGCCAACGCACUGGGACCACGAGCCACCACGAUACCACAAUCCACCAGCUGCGCCGCCUUCCUCGGAGUACGAGCGUCCGCCGCCCUACUACUAUCCGGGUGCCUCCGAGCAAGAUUAGACGGACGGAGGCGGUUUGUUCGAGAGGUGGCAACAUGGAUGAUUUUAUUUUGAACCCACACGCCCACGGCCCCCUUUUCCCAUAUAUACCCCCUACUGAGACUGUACUUUUAGUUAAAGGCCUAUACAAAAAAAUAACUGAAAUUAUAUAAUUUAAUUAAGUAGUAUCGUAGCAUCACGUGUGUUAUCACUUUGGCCCGGCCAGGAGAUCUGCCAUUGACCUGGAAGCUGGAGAAUAACGAACGCAUAGUUAAUAUUAAGUGCGGGCCGAAGCAAGAAAGCAAAUACGAAAAUUCUCAAACACCCAUUUAUAGUUACGUUAAAAAAUGUUGCCAAAAGACGAGCACGAUGUGACGGACGAAUGCGGCGGGGAUUGUCCCAGCCGAAGCAUUUAAUGAACCCUGGAGUCCGGAGACUCUGGGCCAGAGGGCCGAGCGACAGGCGUCGGAUCUGAUGAGUCCCUUGAAGAAGUUGGCCAUUCGCCGGGUCGCACGGCCGCAGAAGCUUUAAGGAAUCUCAUAAUUUUAUUAUGCACACACUCAGAGCAGGCGAGACAUACCCAAAAGGGAAAACAAAACAAAAUGAAAUGAAAAGAAAUCAAUAUCUAGCAAACAACUACAUAAAUAUUAACCGAUCAAAAACUUUAUGGAAUCUGUAAACUUCCCGGAAAUCAAAAUCGCGGUAAAGAAAAUAUGAUCCAAAACACCAAAACUGCCAUUUUAAUUUAGAAAAGAGCAGAGCACAGAGUUGGGAGUUAUUCAAUGCAUUUAAUGUAUUUAUUUUAGAAACAAUACACAAUACUACACUCUUCCUUAAAACCGACAAAUUGUGCAUUCGGACACUGAUAAACCAAUCAAAUAAAACCCCUAAUCAGCUACAGAUUCGAGAUACAAAUACUUUAAAGUAACACGUAUUUUAACACGUUGUCAUAGUUUAGUAAGAGAAAACCAAAACAACAGCAAAACAAACCCCUAAGCAUUUAAACGUUUCCAAUUGUAUUGUCUUAGGAACUAAGGGCAAGCUGUAAGUUUCCAGAAACCUAUAAACAACACCAUACACAAAUAUACAGACUUGCGAGCAUAUUGUACGGAUAACACAAUUACAUAAUUUUUAGUAUUAUUAUACAAGUAAGAUGUAUGUUGUAUUUUACAUUUGACGUACAUUAAAUGAUUUCUGCUUAAGUCAAGUAACCAUGUAUCAAUAUUGCCCAGCGCAAGUAAAGAUUAUCGAAUAAGACCCCGGAAAAUACAAAACACAAGAAACCAACCCAGUUGCCAGUCAAUCAUCGAGCUCCGUUGAUGGUUGUCUCUGUCGUUUGCAAAAUUUUGUCAAUAAACUUCAAGUGGUUUGAUGUA